AGGGGGAUAGCCGACUUGUUGAAGAAGAGCAUCUUUUAUUGGAGGAAGCUUCCCCGCAGAGGUCACCCCAUGAAUUGAAGCCAAACCUGAGCUCUAGUGGAUUUCAAAGCAGUAUGACCUUCACUGUAGUAACGAGAUGA